CGGGUCGGACGAGGCUAUACGCUGGCAGCUUCGGUGAAAUCAGAAAUCAUUCAUAUUUCAUCUUCAAACUGCUUACAUCGAGACGAUGUGUGACUUCGACCUGUCUCAAGCUUUGGAUGGCUCACCGGACUGUGAUGAGUCAGGAUUUGAGUCCUGCUGCUUUGACACAACGGACGUUCAGGAUGAGUUCUUCCCACUCGACGAGGGACUGAACAUGUUGGUUAGCCGCAAUCGGAAGACCAUGCAGUCUGUGGCUAACCUGCUGCUGGCGGUGAACAGGAUGAAGAAGUCCCUGACGCGCUGCGACAGCGAGCUCAGCGACGAGGAGCUCUGCAGCGCCAUCAUGGAGAGCCUGGUGACCGUAACACUCGUCACGACGACGGAGGCUUCGUCCACGGGCAUGAAGAGAAUAUUCCAGCGUCUCAACAGCGAUCCUCUGUGCACGCUGUGUGACCAUUCACAGAAAUACAUCGUCCAGGCGUCAGGGGGGUUAAAACUGCAGGCCGUGACUCUGCAGGGAGGAAACGGCGACAAGAAAGUGAACUUCAAGUUGUCGCGGUACAUGACUCCGAACGUCUCGGCUGGUGAAGUAGGGGCCGUGGUCCUGUCCAUCACCAACAAGCUGCACAUGUCCUGCUGCAUGAAGGACGGGAAGGCUGUGCUCAAUCUGGAGGAACGCAGCAAGGAGGAUUUAAAAAAGAUCAGCGCCGACGGAGACAUGGACCGGUUCCUCUUCUACAAGAGGACCACGGGGAUGUCUCUGAACACGUUCGAGUCGGUCCGGUGCAGAGGCUGGUUCAUCAGCACUUCCUACGAGGCCGAAUACCAGCCGGUGGAGAUGUGUGAACGGGACGCCAGCCGCCGCCUCACCCACUUCAAAGUUAUCUGAAAAGUAUAUUGCUGUUAAACAGUUUGAAUGUAUCCAGAAUUAUGCAAAGAUAUAUAGUGUAUCUGAA